UGAUAAAACAACAUGAUAACCUGAAGUGAAAGCACAAACAUCUAGAGUGGUCCCAAGGAUGUCUAUGAGAUAUACAGUCAGCACUGAUUUCUGAUCACUGUGCUCAAAAAAAAUACAAGGGUUUACCUCUUCUCCUUCUCCAGAUCCCAAUGAAAUGAUGGAAGAAAUAUACAAACAAAAAUAGAUCUGAAGCAGCACUGAUUAUCAUGGGAACUGAGUGGGACUGUUUGCUAUUGACACAUCAGAGAAAACAGUGAGAAUCUGCUACAAGAUGUAAAGCUACUAGAAAGAGAUUAGAGGUGAAAUAUAAAAGAACAGAGUCUCAUCUCUCUAAAAAAGUGAGUUUCUCUUAGAACCACAGGCUGACCCCCACUGGAUGGAGUGGAGGCUGGAAGGUGGUGCAGGUAGGAGACCAUGAGCAAGGGAAUUCAAUAAGGAGCUGUAGAACCUCAGACGUUGUCUGCCACUUGGGACAAAGUUCUAUGAAAUGGAGAUCCAACCCAGAAGAACAAGGGCAGUUCCCAGGAAAUUUACAGCCUGGAUAGGACGAGGAUGUAGCACCAGACACACAAAGCAAUUCCACAGAUCUUGCCCUGGCCCAAGUCCCUCACCACGUCUUCCACAAAAUCCCUGAAGAAGUCGAGCCAUCCUCCAUCAUCAAUACAAAAACCUUAAAUACAAUGUUGGAAUACAUUCCUAAUUUGUCACAGGAGCUGAAGGCAACACUGUCUGCGAGGCAGCCAUCAUUACAAGAGCUACAACUUGCACUGGAAAGUUCAAAUCUUAACUUGGAAGAAUUGAAGAAAAUUGUUUUUAGUGGACAAUAUGAAGCUGAAGAGAAAAGUCUUUCAGAAUUAGAAAACUCAGGCUUAGAUAAACAUUCCCGAAAAAAGAGACAGCCCUAUGUAAACUUACGUGAGAAGUGUUGUCAUAUAGGUUGUAGCAGACAAGAGCUUGCUAUACUAUGCUGAGAUGAAAGUAUUGUGUAUUUCAUCUACUGUUCCCAUGAUUCUUCAUGACACAUUCACUGAUGGCUCUG